AUGGGAGUAGGAGGUCAAGGGUAUCUAGUCACGUGCCCGCUAAAUUUCUUCCUUCACUACUUCAACACUGGCUGCUGCCCGUCAACUGAGGCGCUUCGGCGCUGUCACUUUUGUCGCCGUCGUUGCUUCUCCACUGAGGCCGAAUUGCCAGAAACGGAGACAAAACUUUCAAGUCCAAGUGUUGCCCCGCGUUUCGACUGGCGGCUUCGAGCAUCUUCCCGUGAUCCUCCACCACAAACACAGCCGUAUAAAAAGCGAAAGUUCAUCAAGCGAGUAGCUCCUCCACAAGUAAUCUUGUCGCCAACAGAACCGUAUCAUGGCGCAUUUCAGUCAUACUCGAAUCGGUUCCUUGAGAUGAUCACGCUAGAGCAGAACGAGACUGAAACCAUUCUUAAGGAACGGCUUUCUAGUUGGUCACUGAACCGGUUGAGGGAAGAAGGAUAUUGCAUAACAGAUCUUUCUGCCUUUUGGUUGGAGGAUAACCGAUUUAAUCGGCCUGUCGCAUUAUUUCUGCUCGGUGCAGGUGUCUCCUUGCCAGAAAAUCGUUUCGAGCUCGGCACACAGGUUGUCCUGUCGAGAGACAAUCCUCUCAAUGAGCUCGAAUGUCCCCGUGGCUCCGUCGUCUCCCGGACGGCCAGUCAAAUUAGUGUCGCGUUCUGGGAACCGUUCGACGGACUCGAUUCCGGCAAGUGGCGGAUGGAUGUUGGCCACUCCGACAUAACCUAUGAUCGAAUGCGGGCAGCUAUUACCCACCUCAGCCAAGAUGUCAUUCAACUCGAGACUGCUGUUAUGGAGGAAAAUCGACAGCUCAUCCUCCAUGGCACAGAUCUGCGCGACCUCUUACUGCGUAGUUCACAUCCAGAAGGCCCACCCUCAGACAUUGACGACGUAAGGAAUACGUCUGGCGCAUUCAAGGACGACCAACGAAUUUAUAGCUGGGCUCAACGCUAUUCAAAAUCUUCUCCUCUGGUUAUGGAUGGCGAUCCCCCACUUGAUGGGUUGAACAACUCACAGAUACGAGCAAUUGCCAUGAUGAUUGGUGAACGACUGAGUCUGGUCCAGGGACCUCCUGGGACAGGGAAAACUAGAACGAUCAUCGAAGCCAUCAAGUUGCUCAAACUCCAUUUCGAAGUCCCUCAUCCAUUACUCGUCUGCACAUACACCAAUGUUGCGGUGGAUAACCUCGUUGAGGGUUUAGCUGCCGCUGGCCUCAAACCCCUGCGAAUAGGAUUUGCAGGUCAAGUCAGAGACUCCCUUCAUCCGCAUACAAUGGAUUUCAAACUCGAACGGCAUUCUCUUAAAGCCACUUUCGACACCAUCAUCAAGAAACAGUCAGAGCAAUCAAAUUAUGUGCGCGAACUCUCUGAAAAAAUGUCCGAAAUGGAGGAGAAGGUGACCAAGGCUCCAACAGCCAGUGCAAUGGACCGCGCCAAGAAAAUUUUGGAGAGUAUGCGGCUUGACAUAGCAGCAAGACAACGUUCGCAGGCGGUUCUCAAGGCCCGAGCGUAUGCCUUGCGCAUGGAGAUGAUUCGAGAUAUUAUUGCGCAGUCAGAUGUGGUGUGUUCAACCUGCGUGACUUCUGUGUCAUACUCACUUAGCGUGGUCGACUUCCCUGUUGUGUUCCUUGACGAAGCUUCCAUGUCAACUGAACCCGCCUCGUUGAUACCCUUGAUGAAAGGUUCGCGCCAUGUCGCUCUUAUUGGCGAUCACAAGCAACUACCCCCAAUCAUCAGUAGCACUGAAGCAAAGGACCUUGGCUUAGGCAAGAGUUUGUUCGAGCGCCUCACCGAGGAAGGAAUUGCGCCAACAAUAAUGCUCGACACCCAGUAUCGAAUGCAUCCUGGCAUCUCUCUCUUCCCUUCUACAGAGUUUUACAACUUUUUGCUGCAAGAUGGAACAGUUGAUGAAGGUGGAAACGUAACACCAAGUUUAGCGCCGCCCAACUCGGUGCAUCUCAAGGAGGAUGCAAAUGGUCAGCGACCCGCCGUUAUAUUUCUGGACCACAACGGAAAUGAAGCCAUACGCGAUAAAAGCCGCGUAAACCACAACGAGGCCGGCAUCGUCCUGGGGGUUGUUGAAGACCUGCUCUUGAAUAAUCCUAGCCUUACCGGCCGAGAUAUCGGCAUUAUCGCACCCUACGCGGCUCAAAUUUCACUUAUCACCCGCAUGCUUAAUAAUAAUCCCAAGUAUCGUGCACGCUUUGCGCGUGUCUUGGGCGAUCAACGCGCCAUGCAGCUUGCCCAGAUCGAAGUCAAGACCGUUGAUGGCUUUGAAGGACGAGAGAAAGAUGUUAUCGUCUUCUCGACGGUAAGAAACAAUGCGGGCGGCCACAUUGGCUUCCUUGCAGAUCGACGACGGUUGAAUGUCGGCCUUACGCGUGCUAAACGCGGUUUGUUCGUCAUUGGCAGUAUUAGCACCCUGGGGCGUGGUAUCCGCGUGGAUUUUGUCUCUAAUAAGAAGCCGGUGGUCGUCCAGCCUGGGGAAAUCAAGGUCAUCCAGGCCAAGGAAGAGAAAUUGUUGAAGGCAUCUGUAUCCAGAAAGGGCCGCGGGAAGGACAGGGAGGGGCGGGAUAGUUGGAGGAGGUAUGCUGAGUGGCUGAUCGCACGAGGGCUAGUGGUUCGGCUUCCCAUGAAGAUGUUGAGCCCCCUGGCCAGCAAAGGACCGCCGAUAAUAGACCUGGAGGUCGUAUCCGGGAAAUCAAUAUUUUGA